AUGCCCGUGUCUCCUAGGAGCCUCUGUAGUGCCACCUUCAAGGGUGAGCGCGAGGCUCUGCGGGCCGGCGACGCGCGGGUUUGGAGGAGUGUGGACGCGAGCUGUCUGCGGGAGGCGCCCCUCGCUAGCGGGCCCCGGAGAUCCCGGGCCGACAGACUGAGCAUUUUGGACACUUUAUCGCAGAUGCGUAACACUAAUUCGUCGGUAAAAUCCAUGCAAACAACAAUGGGUGAUUGUUUAAAAACUAAAGUUUCCUUUGAAGUGUUAUGUGCCAAGAACCUUGCAAAGAAAGAUUUCUUCAGACUCCCCGACCCCUUUGCAAAGAUUGUGGUGGAUGGAUCUGGGCAGUGCCACUCAACGGACACUGUGAAAAACACACUGGACCCAAAAUGGAACCAGCACUAUGAUCUAUAUGUUGGGAAAACUGAUUCCAUAACCAUCAGCGUGUGGAACCACAAGAAGAUUCACAAGAAGCAGGGAGCUGGCUUUCUGGGCUGUGCGCGGCUGCUUUCCAACGCCAUCAGCAGAUUAAAAGAUACUGGAUACCAGCGUUUGGAUCUAUGCAAACUAACUCCCUCAGAUACUGAUGCAGUUCGUGGCCAAAUAGUGGUCAGUUUACAGACACGAGACAGAAUAGGCACUGGAGGGUCUGUGGUAGACUGCCGAGGACUGUUAGAGAAUGAAGGAACUGUGUAUGAAGACUCAGGACCUGGAAGGCCUCUCAGCUGCUUCAUGGAGGAGCCAGCCCCUUACACAGACAGUACUGGUGCUGCGGCUGGGGGAGGGGACUGCAGGUUUGUGGAAUCCCCAAGUCAAGAUCAAAGGCUCCAGGCACAGCGACUUCGAAAUCCUGAGGUCCGGGGGUCACUACAGACACCUCAGAACCGUCCCCACGGCCACCAGUCGCCAGAACUGCCCGAAGGCUAUGAGCAAAGGACAACGGUGCAGGGGCAAGUUUACUUUUUGCACACGCAGACUGGAGUUAGCACGUGGCACGACCCCAGGAUACCAAGUCCCUUGGGGACCAUUCCUGGGGGAGAUGAAGCUUUUCUAUGCGAUUUCCUUCUACAAGGCCAUACAUCUGAGCCCAGAGACCUUAACAGCGUGAACUGUGAUGAACUCGGACCACUGCCACCAGGCUGGGAAGUCAGAAGUACAGUCUCGGGGAGAAUAUAUUUUGUAGAUCAUAAUAACCGAACAACCCAGUUUACAGACCCAAGGUUACAUCACAUCAUGAAUCACCAGUGCCAACUAAAGGAGCCCAGCCAGCCGCUGCCAUUGCCCAGCGAGGGCUCGGUGGAGGAUGAGGAGCUUCCCGCCCAGAGAUACGAGAGGGAUUUAGUCCAGAAGCUGAAGGUCCUCAGACACGAGCUUUCGCUUCAGCAACCCCAAGCUGGUCAUUGCCGCAUCGAAGUAUCCAGAGAAGAAAUAUUUGAGGAGUCUUAUCGCCAGAUCAUGAAGAUGCGGCCAAAGGAUCUGAAGAAGCGACUGAUGGUCAAGUUCCGGGGAGAAGAAGGUUUGGAUUAUGGCGGAGUGGCCAGGGCCCGUGUCCGUGGUCCUCAGCAGACAGCGCUGCCCCGACCGCAUGUUGCCCUCCAGCUCCCUGGCCCCCCGCUCGGGGCCUAUCCGUCCUAUCUGUCGUUGUUCCUCCGAACGUGCCCCCUGCUUCUCACUGUCCUGCACAGGCUGCUGCUCGGCAGCAGCCGGCUUUACAUGUUGCAAAUCAACCCGGAUUCUUCGAUCAACCCCGACCAUCUGUCUUAUUUCCAUUUUGUGGGUCGGAUCAUGGGUCUCGCCGUAUUCCACGGACACUACAUAAACGGGGGCUUCACGGUUCCCUUCUAUAAGCAGCUACUGGGGAAACCCAUCCAGCUCUCUGAUUUGGAGUCGGUGGACCCAGAACUCCAUAAGAGCUUAGUGUGGAUUCUAGAGAACGAUAUCACCCCUGUGCUAGACCACACUUUCUGUGUGGAACACAAUGCUUUCGGGAGGAUUCUUCAGCAUGAACUGAAACCCAAUGGCCGCAACGUUCCCGUCACAGAGGACAACAAGAAAGAAUAUGUCCGGUUGUAUGUAAAUUGGAGGUUCAUGCGGGGGAUUGAAGCCCAGUUCUUGGCUCUUCAGAAGGGGUUUAAUGAACUCAUUCCUCAACACUUACUGAAGCCGUUUGACCAGAAGGAACUGGAGCUGAUCAUAGGCGGCCUGGAUAAGAUCGACGUGAGCGACUGGAAGUCCAACACUCGGCUGAAGCACUGUGUGGCCGACAGCAACAUCGUCCGCUGGUUCUGGCAGGCCGUGGAGACCUUCGACGAGGAGAGGAGGGCCAGGCUGCUGCAGUUUGUGACCGGGUCCACGCGGGUCCCUCUCCAAGGCUUCAAGGCUUUGCAAGGUUCUACAGGCGCGGCAGGGCCCCGGCUCUUCACCAUCCACCUGAUCGACGCCAAUACAGACAACCUUCCGAAGGCCCACACCUGCUUUAAUCGGAUCGACAUUCCACCUUACGAGUCGUAUGAGAAGCUCUACGAGAAGCUGCUGACGGCCGUGGAGGAGACUUGCGGGUUUGCCGUGGAGUGA